CGGAGCUUUUUAGGAGCAGAAACAUGCAGACGACCUGAGAAGCUCCACAUGUCCAGUGGACAGCUCCUCGCUCUGACUGAGGAACUUUUCAUGAGAGAUUUCAGCAGCUGUUUCAUUCGUAAGUGGUGCCAAUAUAGAGCAUUUCACCCUCAACCUCCAACCAUCAGUGAGUUCCUAACAGACCCUGCGGCUCCCUGAAGUGAUUGAACAUGACGGGUCAGACUGUGGGCGCCAUCAUCCAGGACCUGUCAGUGCCAUCACUGCGGGGUGUGGAGGGACUGGAGUCCAGGCCUCGGGGUGGGGCUGGGUCCUUCACCGAUGAGGCUGUUUCCAUCCUGACCUCCACAAGCCAACUGGCCCGAACCCUUCUGGGUCGCACCUUUGCUCUCAAACACAAAGACAGCCUCGCCAACGCUGAAGCCAAGGCUGGGUGCAGCUGUGAUGAAGACAACAGCAAUAAUGCACGCCGCAAACGGGAGUUCAUCCCCAAUGAGAAAAAAGACGAGGGCUAUUGGGACAAGAGAAGAAAAAACAAUGAGGCAGCCAAGCGGUCCAGAGAGAAGCGGCGAGCCAAUGACAUGGUGCUGGAGAGACGGGUCCUGGGUCUGCUGGAGGAAAACGCACGCCUGAGGGCCGAGCUGUUGGCCCUCAAGUUUCGCUUUGGUCUGGUCAAGGAUCCGUCCGAUGUGACCAUCCUGCCACUCUCUGCAUCACUCUGUGCUCAUCAACCAUCCAGCACAACACAUUACUACCAGCCUCACACUGAUGGACCCUCAUACCUCAACACACAGCAAAGUGCCAGCACCCACUACAUUCAUCCUCACCCUCUGCAGCAGGCUGCCGUCUACGGGCCGAGGGGAGCCGGGCCUCUGUCAAGUCAUAGUGUAUCCGAGGAGUCCGGUGUUUCCACCUCAUGCAACUCAAAUAUGGGCAGCCCUGUGUUUUUUGACGACACACUGAGUGAACGUAGUGGGCCUUCUCCGAGGGAGCUGGUGGAGGAGCAGCAGGGCUACGACUCCCACAUCUGUCCCCUGGAGGUCAACGAGGGUCAGUAUGUAACCAAACAAGACUCACAUGAGGGUUUGAGGAGUCUCCCGCACAAGCUCCGAUUCAAAGGCCCCGGUGGUAGCAGUGACGGAGGGGAGAUGUCUCCUCUCUCUGAUAACAGACACAGUGGACCACCUGUAGCUACAGUGGGGCCAAACAUCCAGGUGAGGAGCCACCAUCAGGUAGGGUGGGACAGUCGGGCAGAGAGUCAGCCUCCUUGGUCCAGGGAGGAGGCCAGUGGUGGACCUGGGCAUCAGUAUCAGGGCCCGUCCUCUGGAUAUUAUAACGCCUCCUCUCUGCAGAACUCCAAGGACAACACCUAUACGACAGAGGACGGUAGUCUGAGGUCGCAGAUCAGCUGUUUGUCUCAGGAAGUGGCUCAGCUCAAAAGGCUCUUCUCUCAGCAGCUGCUCUCUAAGAUCACUUAAAACCUGAACAGACCAAGAUCAAACCCAGACUAAAACUAAUGGACAGAUUUCCCCUCACAUCUUUCCAGAAAAUUGACUUCACAGACUGCUGAUUUCCACUGGCACCGAUGCAAACAGACACCUCUGAAAUGACAAACUUUAUUUUCAACGCCUGUUUCACUGGAAAAGGUUAGUUUAGUGAUCUGUUUGCUCUGUGAUGGUCAGCGCACCACUGCCAGAAAAGACAUUCAUCUUUUAAAAUAAUGCUCAAUGGAGGUGAUUCAUGUGUGGUUCAUCGCGUCCUUGGAUCAUUUGAAACUGGCCGUACAUCUGUGUGAACACUCAACUGAGCAGAUCAGUUACAAACACUGGAAAAACAUGUUGGAUACUAACUAUGAACACAGUUAUCAUUUGUUAGACUUCAGUCUCACCAUGUUCAACACUAAUGUAAACAUUAACACAUCUAUCCACACGUGUCACACACCUUUUCUAAGACAUACAUUUUACAUUUUUAACCUUUCAGCACAAGAUAUGUUGUGUAUGACAUUAUCUUGUUUUAAAUGUGUGAUAAACGUGAUAAGUAUGACUUUUUGGACUGUACUGUGGUUUUGUGUUUGUUCACUUUAUCUGUUUCUGGUUUAUCUUAGGACAGCAAGAUACAUAGAUA